AUGGAUCAUUCACAAAAUUUAAAUCGUGAUCAACACUUUUACUCGACUGAACGCGAUAAUGCAGAUAUUUUACUGUUGGAAGCUUGUUUAAAACAAACGGAGGGACAGAAAAAUAUAUUGGAAGCAAAGGUGGCCAAGCAUGAUCGGGUGAAAACAGAAAUGUGUGAUUUGCAAAUGAAGUUGGAUAAUCUCCAACAAACGAUAGAAGAGAAAAAGAUACUUCACCAACAGUCUUAUGAUGAAGUCAAUCAAGAAUUAGAAGCGACAUCAUCGAAGUACAGCCAAACAUUGAGUACGGUAGAAGAGUUGGAACAAGAUAACCAUGAGUUGGAGUGCAGUAUACGAUGUCAAUCGUCUAAAGAAUUGCAGAUCGUUGAAAAGAUCAAUAAGUUGGAAAUUUCGAAGACAAAAACUAUUGAAUGCAAUAAUACAAUUUGGGAUAAAAUCAAUAGCGAAAAAGAGUGUGUGAAGUCGCUGCAACGGCAACAAGCUGACUUAGAAUCAGCGAUCGGUUGCAAAACCUCCGAAGCACAAAAGUUACGAGUCGCGUUAACCGAAAAGCAGGCGAUGGUUCAGUGCAAAUCAAACCAGUUGACCGAACUUCAGCAGCAAAACAAUCAUAGUGACAGGUCCCUGCAGGAACUAACAACUGAGUUUAGGGAACGGGAAGCAGAACUGGAGGCACAUAGGCAUGCGGCACUGGAAAAGUUGGCUAGGGCGGACCAGUGUAUAGACAUGAUUCGCCGAGAAUUGUCUGAUGCGUGCGCCGCAUCGGUCGGUUGGAAAACCAAAAGUCAAAAUGCUGCCAACGUGCUCUGUGAAUUUAAAGCAUCCCAAAAAGUGGAACAGUGUCGCGUGAAAGCUAUCCUCGUAGAGCUGGGCGAGGAUCAGUGCCGGUUGGCUGAACAGCUAACGGACACAUUGCUCCAGCUCAAGUGUGCGGCGGCUGAAAACUGCCAGCUUACGGCCGACGGAAAAGUUUUGGCCGAGCGAUUGGCCUGUCUGUUGGCUGAGAUAGAGCGUCUGGAUAAGCGCAAGUUCUCCGAUUGCCUCUCUCCGAUGACGCAGUGCACAGCAUUUGAAACCCAGGACGACAAGACUGCCAGAAAGUGGAAUACAUUGGAGUCGGUCGAAAAUGAGGUAGAGCGGCUGAAAUGGGCGUGCGAAGACCGCGAACGAGCAAUCAAGGACGCGAAAGGAAAGCUGGGUGACUGUUAUACAACCAGCGCGAGAUCCGAUUGUCGUUACGAGUACUGAUCGACAGAUUAUUCAAGGGGGCUCUAAAUAUAUUACACGCACCUUCAAGUUUGGCUUCAAUGGCCCACUAACCAACAAAAAAUACUGUGCACCUCAAACAAUGUUACUGAAAUUGUUUUUUUUAUUACAUUAAAAUUAAAUGAAAUAAACUUUUCAUUGUUUCAAUUUCAUAACUUUACUA